GUCAUCAGCAGACAAGUGGAGAUCGUGGGACAGUUGUCCCCGUCUCUUGAUUGGUGCCACGUAGGCGUCCUUGUGUACUUAUCGUCAGAAGAUCGUGGCGCACGAUUGAACAGAGCCUGCUGGACGUUCAUUGGCUCUUUUUCCUGCCACUCGUACCCUGUGUACCUCUGUAGGUAACAGCGCGUCUUCUUAUGGAGAUGAUUUUGCUUGGUGGCGACUAACCCGCGCGGGGCUAGUGUGUUCACUUAUACCAUUGUUUUCAUGCUAAGUGUUGCUAUCUGACUUCAUUAUGUGCUCUUCCUCGCGCGGGGCUAAGUCAUAAUGUGACGUAAGCUGCGCGAGGCUGUUAUUAUCAAGUUGUUAUGCUAAGGAGUAUGGUCUCACGUGCAACCUGUUAUGAGGUUUGCGCGACUUUUUGGGACCAUACCCCUUCAAGUCCCCCCAGUCCAGUGCUGCACCAUGCGCAACGCAAGUGGUUGGAGCUCUGGACUUGAUAAAAAUAAGAGAAGGGGAAGUUGUCCUUUUGGUCUUGACUUGUAAGGCGCAUGUAGGAAACUGUGGUUUUCGAUGCGCAGGUACUAGGCAGUUGUCGAGUGAUAUCUUGUUUGUCCUUUUAAUCGCGCGAGGUGUUAGUAGUUUACGUAUAUCUGGCGCGAUUCUUGUGGCUUCUGCAUGAAGUUACUUGCACGGUUUAUGGCGGGAAACUUCGAAAUUUGAACCUCUGACAGGUUGGUGAGAUAAGUCGCUGAGAGCGACGCUUGAGUUGACCCCUGGCACGGAUGUCAUCAUGCCGCCUGCGGCGGUUGCACUUCAUGUCAGGAGAGUGGAUGCCACGCGCGCGUGGUAACCGUCGUCCCUGCUUUUCCGCUUGACGUGGCAACCUCUCGUUGGUUGCCCCUGCGGCGAGUGCGGCACGGUUACCCAUCGCAUUAAAUGCGAUGGGUAUAUAUAUCCGAAGAGAAAGGUGAGAGAUUCACUUUCUCUUCGUUUCUUCUCCCUUUUUCUCUUUGAGUCUUCAUAUUGUUCUUCAUCUUCUUCAAACUUUCUUCAAAUCUUCAAACUUUCUUCAAAUCUUCAAACUUUCUUCAAGUUUUUUCCAGCUUUUUCUUGAAAUAUGAGUGAAGAACAUCAAGAAGCUCCUGUUAGUGAGGAGGGGCCAGUCCCAGUCCUGAGAUGGGACUUAGGUUUAUUCGAACAGAUCGUUCGAAGUUUUAGGUUUCCACCGGAGUGGGAUGCCCGGUACCCUGCUCAGGGUCAGACCGCGGCUGAUGCCCCACCCGGUUACAUUACUUUGUUCGAAGACUUCUUCCUUCAAGGAAACUUCCGGCUGCCGGCGACUAACUUCUUUGGUAGCAUAUUGUCCUACUACAAGUUUCAUAUUUCGCAGUUAAGCCCACCUGGGAUGGUGAGGGUGAGGCACUUUGAGUUCUUGUGUCAAUCUCACGGCAUUGAGCCGACGGUGAAUAAGUUUCGUGUCUUCUAUCAACUGCAAAGAACAAUGGGGUUCUUUUCUUUUGCUAGCCGUGGUACGGCUAAGAAGAUUUUGUUGAAUCCUCCCAAGAGUUUCCACGACUGGAAACCCAAGUUCUUCUUCAUCCGGGAGGAAGUCUUGCCAAUAGCUAUGCCGUUUAGGGAAUGGACCGAGGUUAUACCAAAGGAGGACCUUCCUAUACCGAAGUCUGCUCAGUGGUAUCAGCAGCUUACCGCAACCCCUAACCGGGUAUUUGGGGAGAAUGUUCUGGUUGCUGCCAAGAUGAGUGACCAGUGGUCACCUAGUAGCAGGGAACUCCCGGUCUUGAAGAUCGGGGAUCAAGAGACGCAACUCUAUCAGGCUGCCUUCCCAGCCUUUGGUGGCUCCAUGGGCGUUCGCCCUCUGCGCGAUGAUGAGGAAGGCUGGUAUGACCAGAUAAAAGGGAACUUCAUGUUUCCUCCUGCUGACGCCUUCGCCUCGCCGCCGGAUGCAACUGAAGGUGUGUUGCGCGAUCUGGGGGUUGACCCAGAGGAGAAGAAGAAGAAACCUUCGAAGAAGAAAAAGAAGGCGGAUGUUGAAGUGACCAGCAAGGGUCCUGGCGCCAGUCGCGCAACUACUGCUGCUGUCAAAGGUACGCUUCGCCUCCGGCAACGUGACUUAGACGAUUACGUGAUAAUCAGUGACUCUUAUGAAGGUUUAUCAUAUGCAGCUAUGGGAAAGACUGGCGCUGGUGGGUCAAAGGGCUCUGGGAGCGCGGGUUCUCGUAACCCGGAUGCUGACGCAACUCCAUCUCAACCUGAGGAUGAAGAAGAAGAGGAAGAAGAGACUGCCCCGUUGAUUGGAAGAAAGAGGGGUAGAAGCGAGGCGACAACUGGUAUGGCCUCUGCGCCUGUUUCAGUUGUUAUUCCCGUUGUUGGGAAGAAGAGCAAGUUGCGCUCGUUAUACCAGUUUUCUCCUGAGAUCAAGAAGAAGACCCCUGAAAAGGGGGUUAAGUUUGUUGAACCCAGCACGAAAAGACCUAAGGUUGCCACUGAACCUUCCGAUUCUGCUGCGCGUGAUGCUGCGAAAACUGCUGAAGCGCAGCGAAAGGCAGAAGAGGAUCGGAGGAAAGAAGAGAGUAGGAUUGCUGCGCAGAAGAAGGCUGAAGAGCGAAAGCGCAAAGAAGAGGAAGAGAAAAAGAGGAAGGAGGAGGAGGAGAGAAAGCUGGAGGCGGAGAGGAAGAGGAAAGCGGAAGAGGAGAGAAAGCUGAGGGAGGAGGCGGAUAGGCAGAGGAAGGCGGAAGAGGCGAGGAAAGAAAGAGCUGCCGAUCAGUCUUCUGUUCAAGGGCAGUCUGGUGUCCCAAAACCUCCCCCUGCUGCGCCGAUUGUUACCUCUAAGGGGUUAGGGCGCUAUGUGUCUAGUGGUGCAAGCUCUGGAGGAGCUGGGGGCUAUAACCCCAAUGUGAUAGGUGCGAAGGAUACCGUCGGGGACAUAUAUUAUAAAACUUAUACUGAAGAGGAACGUGGUGAUGCUCCUCAUCAAGCCCCUUGGAGCUUAAGGCAGAAGGAUACAUUUGUUGAAUUUGGUCCUUCUCGCGAUUGGUACUUGAACCAAUUCACUCCUGGCGAAGUUAACCGUCAAAAGGCGAAGCCGCAUGAAAUGUUGUAUCGCACUUACAUUCUUGCCGAGGCCAACGCUCGAUCUGCUAACCAUCAGAUAGUUCGUGAAUGGCGAACAAUGGUCAGAGAGCGCGCCGAUUGGGAGGCUUACCGAGAACGUGUGCUAAAACGUGUUGGUGAAUUUGAGAAGGCUAAGGCCACAUUUGAUGAGGAGAAAGCCAAGUUUGAGGCUGAUAGGAAAGCUGAAGAGUGGGGUCGCGAGGGCCUGCAAAAGAAACUUCAUAAUGUGGAAGAGCAACUGGCCAAGGAGAAGGCCGAGUUCAAGCGUAUAUGCGCUCAAGACAACGAGCGUACUUAUGCUCUACGCCAGAAGAUCGUUGGUCUUGAGGCUACAGUUGCGGACUUGACCUCAAAGGUGGAGGAAGCGCAGGGUGAAAAAACUGCCAAGCAGCAGAUGGAGGUUGAGCUGACUGAAGCCAAGGUGCAAUUGUCUAACAAGGACAAGGAUCUCCAUGCCAAGGACGUUGAGAUAGCGGAACUCAAGCGUCGCUUGAAUGAGCAAAUCGACAGAUGCGAGUCUUUGGAGAUUGACCUUGAGGCUGAGAAGGUCAAGGCCACCGAUGCUGAGGAGGCGCGUGCUGUCAGCACUGCGGCGCUUAACGUGGCUCAGACAAAUUAUUCUGAGGCCCAAGGCAUUGUGGACACGCUUGUUUCUGAAGCAGAAUGGAUGCGCACUCGGGGAAUAGUGCUGGUUGCCAACUCCAUCCUGAACGCCGGCGAGCUAGAUCGCGCUGUUGCUGCUCUUACGGAUGCGGCGCGUGCAGUUGGUCAUCGAGGAGGUUACCUGGAGUGUGCUGAUCACGUUGAGCGAAUGCUGGGACAAGAAUUCGAUACAAGUCAUUGCUCAGUGACGGAACAAGCUGAUGCUGCGCUGGCCAGUGCUGAGAACUCAUAUGACAACCUCUCCUUGCCCAUCAUGGACUUGGUUGUUAGUGCCUUAAAAAAGGAUGAUUGGUGUCAGCGCCUCAAGGCGAUCCUUGAUCCACCGAUUACUGUUGAAUCAUCUGAUGAGGAAGCAGCUGGUGAUGAUGGCGGAGGUGAUGACGAUGGCGACGAUGGUGAAGGGAACGAAGAUGAUGAUGGUGAGAAGAAAGAAGACAAAUAGAGUAGGUUGUUAGUUUGUUGAUAGGCGUUUGUGCCUUUGUUUCUGACUUGAUUGUAAGUGAUGCGCUUUUGCGCAGUUUUAAUGACAAUGAAAUGCCUUCGUUUUUUCUGUUGCAAUUAUUGCAUUGCUGUAAAAACUUAGGUUAAAUUAGCUCGAAUAAAUGGAAGCGUUAUCUAAGUAUAAGGUGGCCACCCGGUCUCGCGCUUUGUUUGCGGAGGACCUUGGAGGUGGUUUUGAACCAUCUCAAAAUGCUGGAGUGUUUUCGCGCUAAUCAGAAGUUUAACAUGCAUUUGUAACGAAAAAA